AUGGUCGUUGCCAAGAUUGCGCCGUCGCUUCUGUCUGGCGAUUUCGCCAAGCUCGCCGAUGAGUGCGAGCGCAUGCUCAGCCUGGGCGCCGACUACCUGCACAUGGAUGUCAUGGACGGGCAUUUUGUGCCGAACCUGACGCUGGGAGCGCCGAUAAUCAAGAGCCUGCGGCCGCACACCAAGGGCUUCCUGGACUGCCACCUGAUGGUGUCUGAGCCGGAGAGGUGGGUGGAUGAUUUUGCCGAGGCCGGAGCGGAUCUGUUCUGCUUCCACAUCGAGGUUGCCAAAGACGUCAAGGCAUUGAUUGAGCGCGUGCAUGAACGCGGGAUGAAGGCCGGCCUGGCGAUCAAGCCUGGGACAUCCAUCGAGGAUGCAUACGAGUACGCAGGACUGGUGGACCAGGUGCUGGUGAUGACGGUGGAGCCUGGGUUCGGCGGACAGGCAUUUAUGGGCGAGUGCAUGGAGAAGGUGGAGAAGCUGCGGAAGCGGUUCCCGGACCUGGACAUUGAGGUGGACGGCGGACUGGCGCCCGAAAACAUUGCGGUGGCGGCCAAGGCCGGCGCCAAUGUGAUUGUCGCAGGGUCGUCUAUUUUCAAGGCCAAGGCGCCGGAGGAGGUCAUUGCGCUGUUCCGCAAGACCAUCAACGAGGCACAGUAG